AUGCACAAGCUAGCGAGGUGUGAAGAUGACAGUAAGAUAUGGAACGCUUCACCUCUUAGAAUUCAAACAAAGGAAGUGAAAUGUAAGAAUCUUAUGGAGUGGUGUUAUGUUCUAGUGAUGCAGUACAAGGAGGAGUGGUGGAAUAUUUUUUGGAGCAUUAUAUGGGGCCUUUGGCUUAAAAGAAAUAUGUGGGUGUUUGAAGGAAAGAGGAGGGAAAUUAUAGAUGUCACUCAGAAGGCUUUGGGUUUGCUAGGGGAAUUUGAAAAGUCAAAUGAGAUUGUCUUGGGUCCUUGUGUGAGGUCUCGUUGUGUGAGUAAAUGGCAAGUACCACCUGAUGGGUCUUACAAAAUAAAUGUAGAUGCAGCAAUUUUUGUAGAUGAUAGGGUGGGUUAUUGUGCAAUGAUGAGAGACCAUGUUGGGGAGAUCAUGGCAACAACUUGUAAGCAACACUAUGGCAGCUAUGAGGCAGACAUUGCAGAAGCUAUGGCAGUUAGGCACGGCUUGAUUAUAGCUGUUGAAACGGGGUUGAGAAAGGUGACCUUAGAAACUGAUUGUAUCAAGCUUUUUCAUAACUUGAAGAACCGAAAAUGUCAGAACUCAACUUUUGGUAUUGUUAUCAGGGACAUUCUUACGCUUUCAGAUCAAUAUUCUUCAAUAUUGAUUGAUACUGAAUUCGAAGGAGGAGUUUGCUCAAAACACCCUGAAUUGCACCAUCUUCAUAUUCAGACAGUUAAUUUGGUCGAAUUCGUGGUCGAAUGUGGAUGGCUGGGAUUUGUGGCUGUAUGUGUGAAUGCUGCGGAGUUAUCUGAAAAGAAUAUUGAAGUAGUAAUUUUGGUUGCAAUAUGA